GCGACCUCCUCCCCUCCGUGUGUUUCAAAUUCAAUCUUCUCAUUCUCUAGUACUAGAGCUUUUUCAAUCAAAGUACUUACUUAGAAUGUAGUUUAUUCGCAGCAUUGUCUUUAUCUCCGCCGCCGCUGCAGUACUAGUGGUCUUGGUCUGAAAUUGAAUCAAACUUUCACUAAUGAUGUUGAUCGCUCUUGCUGGUACUACCAGCGAGAAAACCGUCCUACAAGAAUAAAGCAAGUCGAACACCAAUCCUAGCCCCGGAGCCCGACGAGGAUUAUUUUCUUCACUUUGAUGAUGUUCCGGGAAAAAUAUAAAAAAUCGAAAGCGACAUACACAUAGUGAGCCACGACACGCAAAAAUAAAGUAGCAAAAUGUCUUGGCACCAGCAGCAGCACUACGGUAGCCAAUGGCCUCCGGCAAUGAAGGGAGGGCAACACCAGCAACCCGGUGGUGCAGGCGGGCCCCCACCGUCGGCCGAAGCAGUGGCGGCAGCCAUGCAGGUGUUGUUACAAGCGCAGGCAUCCAGUAGCGGUGCUGGAAGCAAUAAUAAUGCCAACGCGAGCCAAAACCUCUUGAACGCCGUUCAAGGACUGCUGCCCCAGCAACACCACGGAGGUGGUCCAGCAGCUGCGUCCUCGACGUUGUACGCUCAGCAACAAUUAUACCCGUCUCAACAUCAACCCGGAGGUGCAACAACAUCAAGAAUGUCCGCCCCUCCGCCGGUCGAGAAAAACGGACCGUACAGCAACGGACGGCAAAAGCCGAAGUCCUACUACACGCGCGAGCAGCUCCUGGCACACGAAGACCCCAUUCUGGACCAGAAGGCGACGAACCGAAACUUCAUGCAGCGACAAUCGCUGUCCGCCUCGGAGAUCAAGAUUCCGUCCGUGGGCGAAACCUUGCUGUCCUUCCGCGCGGGGGCAAACAACUUCACCGAAAGCUACAGCCAUCUGCUUUUAAACAGCAACAGCGUCGUGCAGAAGGCGGUUAUGAGAGUGCACAGCUCCCCCUCCCCCUCAUUUGUCAUGCAAAGUGCCUAAUUUACGCCCGGGCUCUUGGCACUGUUUGCAUGAUUAGUUCUGGCAGCCCAAAUAGCAUUACGCGCCUUUCCAAAUUUGUCCUGCAAAACCUGUAUUCUGCAUGACGCUUGUACUGCUGUUCAUGCAAUACAAAUGAGGGGGAGGGGGAGUUCUUGUGCACUUUCAUAGCGGUGGCGAGCUACGGAUCCAGCCGGGCGAACCGGUUCACCAAUGGCCGCGGCUUGGACACGCGGCGGCUGGAGGUGAUGCACUUCGUGUUCCACCUGCAGAAAGAGUACCAGUGGCAACUGAGGAACAACUGCGAAAACAAGAGUCACAAGGUCGCGGACAAUCUGGACCACCUAACUCUCGGGUUCGACGACCGGGGUUUUAUUUCGCACGAGGGACAAACCACCAGCAUAUGGAUUGCAAAUAUGUAUGGGUCUGGAAGGUUGCAACUUGUCAUGCUAAUUCUGGAUCAUGCAAAAAUCUGUGUUGCAUGAGUGCCAACAGCUGGCCACUUUCGACCAAGUUGGCAGGGAGUUUCUCAUGCAGGAUAGGCAUGGUAGUGAUCUCACGGAAUCUGUCACGCUAGGUCCUCCAUUACAGAUCAUAUGGGUCAUGGAAAACCUGCAUGACAAGUCGAGCAAAGUUCCAGACCCAGACAUUUUUGCAUUUGAUACAGCAAAAAUGUCGACCAAGACCUGCUGAACCGGCGGGAGCGGCAGCAUCUGCAGAGCAUCCUGCGCGACCAGAUAUCAAAUGCAAAAAUGUCUGGGUCUGGGAGAUUGCGAGAUUUGUCAUGCUAGUCUGGCAUGACUCUCAAAUCUGUCAUGCACGUUUCCCAAGAGCCCCAUUUUGCUGUCAUGCAGAAACGCAGUUUGUCAUGCAGAAUAGGCAAAACCUAGAAGCUCAAAAGGUUGUCAUGUUGAGCCAGCAUUUGUGGCCUCUUCAUGAUGCGCCACCCAGCAUCACAAGUUUCCAGACCCAGACACUUUUACAAUCCAUACCAGAAUGACUACGACGACGUGGACGAGUACGAUUUUGAGACCACCGGCGGCGCGACGAAAGGGUCACUCGCAGAGCAACUUGCGGCGAACGAAAUGCUGAACAAGAAUAAGACGACGACGGGUACUAGUAACAAGCGUAGUCGGGCGAACACUGGGAUGAACAACCAUAACCAGCAGCAAAACUCCACUAAUGCAUCGAGUUCCAACAAUGCUAAGUCCAGGCGGAAGAACAGCAGCGCCGAUAACUCGUCGGAAAAUAACGAAUCGAACGACCUGGAGUUUCUCGACGAGACCGACGAGGCAAAUUUGCCGCUACCGCCGAACUAUCCAUUGCAAAUAUGUCUGGGUCUGGAAACUUGUGAUGCAAGUCCGCGAACAAGAGAGUGCUCUGUGAUGCGCCGCCAAGCAUGACAAGUUUUUUCGUGCUUCUGUGCUGCGUAUUUCGCAUGAGAAACUGCGCUUUUGCAUGACAGGCAAGAGGGCCUCUGCGUGGCCACGCAAUACAGAGUGCAGCGUCAGGCCAGACUAGCAUGACAAAUCUCGCAACCUUCCAGACCUCCAGGGAUAUUUGCACUGGAUACGAACUGGAUCGAAUACGAGGUGGACGAUAACCCGAACGAGGUGGCUAUCCUGCGUAAAAAUGUCCCCACCCCAGAGUUGUCAUGCAGAUUUGCAGCUACAGGAAGAUUUGUAAUGCGCAUCCCCAUGAGAGGCAUUUCCAAUCGCGUUUUGCACUUUGUAAUGCUGUCGACAGGACGAGUAGAUGGAUUUGUGUUCCACGGCUGUACUUGCUAAACUGCACUACAAUACAGAGACGAGCUUGUCAUGCUUGACCCCCAAAACUUCUCGAUUUGUGUUGCGAGAUCGCCAUCUUGACCCUGGUGUUGGGACGGUUUUACAUAGGAUAGUGGCGUACUACAACCAGGUGACAAAGGAGACCAGCUGGGUGCGGCCGAUAUCAAAAGGAAAAAUCCCCCCUCCCCAUAUCAAAGCGGAAAUCUGUGAU